AUGCAUAAAUAAUUGAAUUCAAUAAGCUUUAUAUCUGCUAAUAGUGGUUUUUCUGAUCUUUAAUCUUCUUCUAUUAUCAAAGGUAAUAAUUAUUAUUUAGCCAAAUCUAUUGAAAAUCAUCCAGAAUUAAUUCAACAACUUUUUGAAACCGAAAAGCUUGAAAAAUCAAAAAAUAUAUUUUAAGAUCCUCUCAAUCUUAAAAUUAUAAAGCAUGAUCCUUCUAUUGGACCUAAAUAUGAUAAAAAUAAAAUUAUCUCCAGAUCUAUUGUAGGAAAACCAGAUAUUUUCAAAAAAAAAUAACCUAUUUAAUAACUUCAUUCAAACUAAGAUUUUAUUAUUCCUACAUCAUAGAAUAUUUAGACUGAGCCAACUAGUUUGAUGAAAAAAGAAUCCCCAUUACAAAGAAGAUCAAUUUAAUUAAAAAUUGCACCAAGUCCUGUAAAAAUUUUCAAGUAAACAAAAAACGAAAAUGUAAUCACAGGUUCUCAGUUAAUUAAUAAAAUUACUUAGUUGGAAAAAAGAUUAAUUUAAAAUAAAUUAGAUGAAUAGAGGUAAAUUAAUAAAUUGCCAUUUAUAUAAAAAUAAAAUUUAUAUAGACAUUAAAGAGCUUUGGAGGAUUUUGAUAAAUAUGAAAAAAUACACUCUGAUCUACUUCAAUCCUUAUCUGCCCGUAUAUCUAGAAAUCCUAGCUACUCUUUAAUGAUGGAUUUGUAUUAGUUUAGAAGAAAAUAAGAAUAUUCAAAUACAAAUGAUUAAAUGAGGUACUAAUCAGAAUUAAAAAAUCAGGAAAUCAUGUACAAUAUUUGUAAUUAAACUAGAGAAAUGCAAGAAGAAAAUCAGAUACCUUUUUAUAUCUGUUCAGAUAGAUAAUCAAUUAUUAGAAAACCUUACAUUUUUGAAAAAGAUGCUACAAUCUCAACAAUUUUAAAACAAAAGAACGAAGACAAAACCUUCCAGAGUUUUACAACUAAUAGCGUAUUAAAAGAAAAAUAAUUAAAAUAUAAAAGUUUGGCAAAAUAUAAACUUAAGUUAAAUAUUGAUGAACUGAUGAUAAGUGGACAAUCUAAAUAUGAAUAGGAAAUCUCCAUAGAUCCUAAUCAAAAAUAUGUGAUCAAAGAAAUUGAAAAGCAUUCUGAUAACUAAGAAGAAAUAUUGUGA